AUGGCCGGCGAUAAUUCGGAGCUUGUUGCUCAAGGGUGGAAGUCUGAUAAUGGCUUUCGAUCUGGAUACCACAACAAGGUAGAAGAAGCCCUAAGACGUGAGUUCCCAACCACAGAUAUUAAGGCCAAUCCUCAUAUUCAGUCAAAGAUCUGUUCUUGGAAGAAGAAUUAUUCUUCCUUGGUUACUAUUUUGGGCCGAAGUGGUGUACGCUUUAAUAGCAAUAAUGAUUUCAAAAUUGACCGUGAAGAUGAUCAAUGGGCACAAAUAGUGAGGAUUGAUAGCAAUGCUCGUUUAAUGAGGAACAGAUCAUGGCCUUUUUGGGAGGAUUGGAAGAUAAUUUUUGGAAAGGAUAGAGCUACUGGGAGUAAUGAUCGUAAUGGAGAUGGAUCUCUUGUGUUAAAAAACAUACUUCAUCCGUGUAAAGUAUAAAUAUUUUUAAUUGAUCAUAGAUUUUUUUGUGA